UUUUACACAGUAUGCUCAUAAAUGCAAUCCGGUAUAAUGUGCAUUUUCUUUCUCUUUCGAGCGGUACGAAAUCAACCAAAGACACCUGUUUACGUGUGCUUUGCCAUGCAAUUAAAAACACCGUAACCUAGUUACCAUGUAUAACUUCCAUUCAACUGUUAUGAUUUUUAAGAUAGAACAGUAAUAUUUCUUUGUAGACAUUCUUUGAAAAAGAUGAGGGUGUUGGUAUCGUCUUUUGGUCAACAAUAGCAAUGACACAAAACUAUAAAUUCCAUUAGUCAGCGAUGAACCUAAGUACCUUUAAGCUUUGUCAUUUGGCCGGCAGAAAAUAAGAAGUUGAAGAUGAGGGAAGUAUCUGAAUAACUCUUUUAAGCUUUUUUCCUACGAAUUCUUAGGGCCCAGGAACUGAGUGUAUUUGAGUCGAGAACUUGUAAGCUCAAAACUGUUUCUUUUUGGCAAUCGAAACAAACAAAUCCGGUGAACACAUUUGCAGGGUAGACUUUGAAAAAGAUUUUGAUUUUUCAGGGGAAGAAGGCAAUUUGUUGUGGAAUCGUUGCUUUGUGCUAAGUUUUGAACUUCUCACUCUUUUUCAAGUGUUUGGAUCUCAAGUUGAAGAUGGACUUAUUCUUGGUAGUACUUAUCGCUCUCCAGUUCUUUGUAUCUAUCGUCGGAAUAAUUGGUAACGUAUCCGUCAUCAGGGUUGUUUGGUCGACGCGUUCAAUGCACACAACAACAAACUACCUCUUAGCAAACCUCGCACUGGCUGACAUUAUAACACUGUCUACCAGCCCCUACCUGUAUAAAUUCGUAUUUGGAUCACUCCACUUUGGUUAUAAUGGCUGGAGCAAUUUGACCAACGAAUGGAUCUGUAGGGUGUGUGUUUCUGUUGCCUUACUUACCGUCGUGGCUGUUGAGCGUUACCAUGCCAUGGUGAAACCUUUAAGUCACCGAUUCAGACUUGGGAGAGAACAAGUAUGGAAGGUCGUACUGGUCAUAUGGUUUGUUAGUAUUUUACUAAAUAUCCCAAUUUUCAUCGUCGUUAGAUUUGAUCCACAACUAAACGUAUGCAUAUCUGCCUUCGACCUGAAUACUGGAAAAGAAAUAGCUACUUAUCUUGCUUUCUAUCUUGGCAUUAAUAUCUGUAUUCCUGGAUUGAUAAUCACUGCUUGCUAUUUGUCAAUUUUAAAGGGCCUACUCAUAACUAACUCCAUCUGCUCUGAGACUGUUGAAACGAUUCAAGGGCGAGAGGAAAAGAAAAAGCUGGCAAAACUCUUAGCAUCAGUUACGGGCGUCUACUUUAUCUGUUUUGCGCCGUUUGCCAUUUUUAUGAUUUACUUGUCCGCCAAGAAAUUCCUAAACAGCCAAGACAAGAAUUCCUCUCCCCUCUUUAAUUAUACGUACUUCGUUCUUACUUCUCUAAUUUUCUCAAACUCAUGUCUUAAUCCAGUGUUGUACGCGUUUCAAAGCUCCAGCUAUCGACGAGGCUUUGCAAAACUUUACACGUGCAAUUGUUUGAAAGCAAGGCGACAGAUUGUACAAGUCGAAUCUUUUAGCAUGGCUACUGACGCGAGAUUAAGAACCCAGCAACAAAGUACGCACAAUCUCUAAGCUUGGGAGGUGAAACUCGACGAGUGGACAUGAUGGGAUCUUUGAGACCAUUUGACAAAGUAAAUGGUGAAAAUUCCAAAUCAUUUGGCCUUUAAAGGAGCUAUGCCAUCAUCGGCCAUUGCGCAUCUAGUCUGCGCACGAUACCUUUAGUCACCAAUCUCAUGGCCCUUAGAAUACCAAACGGUUCAGCAUAGUCAUUAGGGAUAGUUAUACGACUGAUAUCCAUCACAGUGGAACAAGGCUAAGAUAUAAUUUUUUUUCGUGUGGCGACAAAUGUAAAGACGAAAGACAACUAAACCCUAAGAGCAAGGAUUUGAUGGUAUCGUUUUCCUUAGCUAAAAAAAUGAGAAAGUCCUUCACAGGUGUAAAAAUAAUGUGAUCUAUCCUCUUAAAUACCAGCAGGGUGAAAGUUAAUGGCAUUCUAACCCGUUGUGUUAAAACAUCGAGAAUUCCUGAAAAGGAAACGAUUGCCUUUAAUUCAAUUAUCGGAGUAAUUAAAAAACUCCACAGGACUUAGGAUACUUAUUUCAUCGCUUGACGCUACUAGUUGGCCUAUGUACAAAGCCUUUGCAUUCAUUUCAGCACACAGGUUAUUUUGGGUGAAACAAAUUGUUAAUUUUCCUGCACUAUGUAAAAAUAAAUUGACAGAAGCUGA